UCGAUGUAAGGCUCAGGAAUUGAAAAAUGUUUUCAGAAAGCCACGACGCGCAGGAAAAGCUGGCAGAUGCCAUCGUGAUCGGAACAUCGAGUGCUUUGGAAAAUGCUAUUCCUCCAAUACUGGAGAGUGUGGGAAAGAGAGUCCUUGCGAAAACAAACUCUAGUGACUCGAAUUCGUCUUUGUCUACAUGCUCUGUAGACUCUACACAUAUUGCUCGACGACUUUUCGUACGAGACAGCACAACCGAGAUGGAGAACCCAUUCAUCACUAGAGAGACCAAGACUAACACUCAUGACGAUGAAGCUCAGGAGGAAACCGAAUAUGAAUAUACUAAUCAAGGAGAUACCAUAUACGGGAACGAUGAUGACAAUGAUGACCUAGAAGAUGCCAUUCCUGAAGAGAUAGAAGUCCCUUCGUCUCAUCCACCUUUGCGUCGAGUUAUUUCACUGGACGGAAUCGAUAUCAGUGAUCCCUUCAACCAAUGUCAUAGCAAGAUCGCCAGUAUGGAGACGCUGAAAGUUGCCGAACAUGCAGACGAAUUGUUACUACUGAAUGACAUCCUAAUCAUCCAUGACGACAAGGAGCAAGGACCAAUCAUAACCGAAUCUAGCCUAGCAUCAUUCUUGGCUCAGUAUAAGCGAACGCAUGAUGAGCUAGAAUCCACCAUCGACCUACAACAUCUAAACCAUGAGCAGCAAGGUAAGCUCAUAAGUAUCGCUAUGGAAUUGAUCGGAUUGGCCCAGGAUCGUCGCGCUGCCUCUGUCGUGUUUUCUCAAUACCGCAUAGGACAGGAUGCCUUUAAUAUAUGUCUUGAGAUGCUCUUCCAGUUCUCCUGCCAUCUCGAGAAGUUUCCAACUUCUCCGAGGACGGAAGCCACAUUUGUUGCUCAUUCAGUAAUGGCAAUGCUUUCACCUAUUCAGAAUGACCUGCGACAACAUAUCAUAUAUGAUCAGGUGUCUAAGGCGGUUAAACGCAAAAGACCUGACAUCAGACUCAUUUACAACAAGAAGGAAGUUCUUUUUGGGGAAGUAACGUCACCAGAACGGGCCUCCGAUCGCAGGAAGGUUUCGAUUGACCUGGUUAGGUUAGGCAGAUUCAUGAAAGGAGCCAUCAACAACGGAGUUCCAAAAGUCAUCGGCAUUCAUGUCCAAGGCAACAUUGCUCGAUACUAUCGAAUGGAAUUGAAAGGGCCUGGUCUUUAUGUGAUGAUGCAAUAUGGCACAUUUCAUUUACCUCAACAAUUCAAUCAACUUGCACAGGUCAUCUUGCACUUCGGAACUAUCAUGCAAACACAGAUGAUCUUGAACGAUGUAAAAGCCAAAAUUGAGCAGCCUCCAUCACCCAUGUUUAUCGAGUGGAUUCGCCCUCAAAUGGAUACCCCAUCUCUGCGUAAUUACUUCUAGAAGUACUAUGCCUAUCUUUGCUUUGCUGAUUUGAUUUGAUUUGAU